AUGGGGGUCCUAGUUGCCCUAGUGGCCUAUGCCUUAACCCGGCCAUGCCUCUACUCUCAGACUUUUUCUCUGUUUCCUUCUACCUGAACCAAAAACACACUCACAAAUAGAUACAUAUCCUUGCUUAUAUGUAUAGCUGCCCACGUGCAAACAUUUAUACGGUACAGAAAAACAAAGUGAGGGUAAUCUUUUACACUCAGCAAAAAUGUUCUGGUAUAGGAAAAGUUUGCUCUUUUCUUUACUAUGCUUAUUCGUUUGCUCAACCAUGGUGCUUUCUCAACUAUCUUCAACCCAAAAUGACACCAUGGUUAGCUUGUAUGAGAGUCUGAAAGGCAGUAGUGUUCCAUGGGAUAUUAACAAACAGCCAAACCCCUGUUCAUGGAAGGGAAUCAGCUGUAACUCCACUAGUUCUUCCAUUACUGGUAUUUCUGUGUCUGAAUUUUCACUCUCUUCCUCUGAUUUUCUGCCUAUUGUCUGCAAGCUUGAUUCUUUACAGAUGCUUGAUGUAUCAAACAACCGUUUCGCCUCAAUUCCGGUGGAGUUUAUCAGAGAUUGUGGGAAGAUUGAUGGGUUGAAACGGCUGGAUUUUAGCAAGAACAGGUUGGUUGGUAAGUUGCCUAAAUUUGAUGGUUUCGUUGGAUUGGAGUUUUUGGACUUGUCUUAUAAUUCCUUGAGUGGAAACAUUAGUUUAGAGUUAGAAGGAUUGGUUGGACUCAAAAGAUUGAAUCUUAGUUUUAACGACUUCACUGGGUCUCUUCCCACUCAGCUUGGAAAUUCCAAGGUGUUGGAGGAACUUCAGGUCUCUAUGAAUCGUUUCGAUGGUAUAAUUCCUGAAGGAAUUAUAGAUUAUCGAAAUGUGAGACUGCUUGUUCUUAGCCAAAAUAACCUUGCCGGUUCUAUUCCUGAUAAAAUAGGCGAGCUAUCCAAGUUGGAGGUUUUGAUUCUCUCCUCUAAUAAGCUAACUGGAGAAAUUCCUAAAAGCCUUUCCAAUAUCACCACCCUUUUGCGAUUUGCAGCUGAUCAAAACCAGUUUUUUGGUUUGAUUCCCAGUGACAUAACCAAAUUUCUCAAAAUUUUAGACCUUAGCUAUAAUUUGUUAGAUGGUUCAAUUCCAUCAGACAUUUUGUCACCACAAAAUUUGCAGGCUGUAGAUUUGUCAAAUAAUCGGUUAAAAGGAUCCAUAUCUACUACAAACAUGUCUCGUAGUUUAAUCAGUUUACGCCUGGGAAGCAAUCAACUUGAUGGGAAGAUCCCUGCAUCAUUUGAAGGACUUAAGAAUUUGAUGUACUUGGAGCUGGAUAGCAACAACUUCACUGAAUCCAUUCCUGUUGAAUUGGGUUCAUGCCAGAGCUUGGCACUGUUGGAUUUGUCUCAGAAUGGUCUGACAGGGGCAUUGCCAGGGGAGUUGGGCAAUCUUAAAAGCCUUCAAGUCUUAAAGCUUCAGUCCAAUCGUCUGACUGGUGAAAUCCCAGAUGAGAUUACCCAGCUACUUAAUUUAUCAACACUUGAUUUUAGCUGGAAUUCUCUGAUUGGUUCAAUUCCUCCUUCCAUUUCAAGAUUGCGGAAACUUACUAGCAUUAACUUACAGGGUAACCAUCUAAGUGGUUCCGUACCUGAUUCUCUUGCCAACAUGACUACACUUAUGGAACUCCAACUUGGGAAAAACCAAUUGAGUGGGUACAUUCCAAAGAUGCCACCAAAUUUGCAGAUUGCUUUGAAUCUUAGCAGCAACCUCUUUAAAGGACCUAUUCCAAAAAAUCUUGACGAACUCUCUUGGUUAGAAGUGUUGGAUCUCUCAAAUAACAACUUCUCAGGUGAGAUUCCAGAAUUUCUUACUCGAUUGAAAUCCUUGACACGGUUGAUACUUACCAACAAUAGCCUUUCUGGAGUUAUUCCCAACUUUGCUUCAUUUGUCAACCUUGAAACCAGUGGAAACAAGAUUACCAAAUCAAACACUUCCCCUGCUUCAGAGGACGAGGAGGGUUCACUUGUGGAAGUAAAUAUGAAAGUUUUUAUGGGAGCUUUUUUAUUUUUCUUCUUUUAUUUCAUUUUCUGGUUUGUUUUUCUGGGAUCAAAGAGAAGAAACUUGUAUUUACGAGGAAAAAAUUCCAGAUUCUUCAGAAUCUAGAGUAAUUAAUCCAUGCAUCUCCCUUAAAUACUGCUAAAUCUCAUGCUCUAUUUUUAUCUAAAUUAUGUUGAUUUG